AGUGAAGUGAAACUGGGGAAUGCGCCCUGGGGUGGAGUGUGGAGAAUUUUAAAAUAAUCAGAGAUAGAUUUAACCAGUAGAGAGUUGAGCGUAGACAUAACAGCAUCUCAUCCGAACAGGCCCACUGUAGGCCCCACGGUACAAGGCAAGGAGCCUCUAAUAACCACAAAAGCCAGUAGCACGCGAGAGCCUUCCCAACCAGUAGUCGAUCGAUGCCGUUGUCGCUGGUGCCACUGAACAGUAGUAGUCGAGCAGCUUUUAAUUCGCCAGCUGCUUGAGUGAUUUUUUUUUUCGAACACGGACACCAUUCGCCAGGUGGAUUUGGGAUCCGUAAUUACAGUUUUUCUGUUUGAUAGCGAGUGUCAUUCUCGAAAUACUCGGUGUGCAGAGUAGAUCUACACAAGGAUUCAAAUCUAGGACUAGUUCAGACAACACUGACUAAAACAUUCCUGUUCAAGUUUUGCAAGUAACAUUAAAUUAUCAUUUUUUUUUUCUCGGCAACCUGUACGAGCCAGUGUUCAAAGAGUCAAUCGGAGAAACAAAACUCCGGAAACGGUACAAGUUUUUUUUUCUUCUCUGCACUGCGCGCUUGUCCCACGUCUGAUCACCGAUGGCGAAACAAGAUCCCGGGGAAACCGUGCGCCUCAUGCGAAAGGAGGAGAUGUGUUAUCGUCAAAAGUUGAAUUGAAAUCGCGAUAACAACGUUUAAGAGAAGAGUGACAGAUAAUCAAUAAAGUGAGUGGAGUGGAGAAAGAAAGGAAAAAAGAAGAAAAACAAUCGAAACGAGGGAAAGGAAAAUUGUUACAAAUUCACGUCAUUGCCUGUUUUGUGAUUGUGUGUGUGGUUGUGUGUCCGUAAAUGUGCGCGCGUGGAGAAAGAUUCAACAGUCAAGUGUGUUAAGUCUUUUUUUUCUUUUUUCGUUGCUCCUAGAGCUCUUGGGAAAAGUGUUCGGGGUUUAAAGCGAGCAAACGGGAAGAUCCGAAGAAUUCCAACAAGUGGAAGAAGAAAGGUGAUUGGCGCAGUGCGUUUCAUGUAUGUUUUAAGAUCCACAACAUACUUUGCGACAGCGCAGUGGAGGAAUGCUUGAUAAAAUAAAAUAUAGGCAGCAAAAUUAAAUGCCACUGCAAAGAAGAAUAACAGGAAAAAAAAGGUUGAAUGAAAACAAGAAGAGAGCAUAAAAUAUUGAUGUGUAUAAAAUUAAGCGGAAGAAGCGAAAAGCUAAUCAAAACGCAGUGCACGAAUGAAGAAAAAGCUGUAGGGAAGCCUUUGAACAAGCACAGUUGGCAACUGAUAAAACAACAGUAUCCGAUCUUGACGGUAGAUUGCGCUCUACAGUCUUCCAUAGCAACCAUUAAGAAAAGUGGAGAGUGAAAUACCAUCAAUUGGCAGCGGGUUGAAGAUAAGAAAAUAGAAAGAUGGAAAAUAUUUUCUUGUGAUCUGAGCUUUGCUGUAAUGAUAACUUGCAAUUUUUCCUGUGUUUUUACUAGUGUCACCUCAAUCGCACUGAUUAUCAUCUGGUGGCAGUGCUGUUGUUAUUAUUAUUAUUAUUUGAAUAUUAGUUGAGGUGGAGUUAUUACUGUGUUGGUUCAAUAUUCAUAUAAAGAAACGAAGCCAUUUCGGUGGUUGCUUGUGGUAGUUGUAGUUGUUGCUUCGUAACUCGUGAGCUGUUCUUGCGUGGGUGACAGAAGCCUGGUUACAAUCCGUGCAAGGCCGUCUGGAUGCGAUCAAGUGGCGCAAAGUUUCUCAAGUCAUAAAUGGACGGGCUAAAAAAAGCUUCAACGUAGGCGAAAUAGACCGAACGGCAGCAGUCUGCUAGGGAUUGACAGAAGUUUGCAUGAUUUCCCAUUGCCACAGAAUAAUAGCUGCAAAUACGAACAUGCACGCGUGGCUUUUUGUCCUCGCGGUGCUGGCGAUUCUACAGGGUGUAACGCAAGUCGCUAGCACCGACGAUCAAUCCACCUCUCCUGCCUACACACUCUUCACGACGUUCAGCAGCAGCAGGAGUAGCAGUAGCAGUAGUAGCAGCACAUAUGACCACCCACAGUCAGCGGUCCCGACAGCAGCCGAGAAGGCGCUCAGUGACAGUGGCGUGGCGCAAAGUGAGUCAAAGGUGGACGAAGAUAGUAUAGACCGACCGGCAGCGGUGGAAGCGGCAGGUGAACUGCAUCUGCAGAUGGUGGCCGCUGAGAGCGGCGAACAUAGUGAUAGUGACAGCCUAGAGUUUAGUGGUAGUAGCAGUAGCAGUAGUAGUGAUAGCAGUAGCCAUAGCCAUAGUAAGCCCGAUCCUGCAACGCUAGUCCAAAUCGAGAGGAAUCUCGGUAGUCUGUUCGGUUUUUCCAAAAGACCAAAAAUUGAUAGAUCUAAGGUGGUGAUACCGGAAGCGAUGCGGCAGCUGUACGCCCAGAUCAUGGGCCACGAUCUGAUCGACUCCGUCCACGUGCCAAAGAAGGGCCUCAGCACACGGAACGCCAACACCGUGCGGAGUUUCACGCAUGAAGAAAGCCAUAUAGACGAACGCUUCAAGCACCAUCAUCGCUUCCGGCUGAUGUUCAACGUGACCAAUAUCCCGCCGGACGAGAAGUUACGAGCGGCCGAGCUUACCCUCAAUCGGGAUGCGAUCGACGAUCAGCGGUACCGGGGCGUUCACUAUCAGCUACUGGUGUACGAUAUCGUACGACCGGGGGUGAAGGGUAAACGGGCCCCGUCAUACCUGCUGAUCGACAGUAAGACCGUUAAAAUCAACGAAACUGGUCCAAUCAACGUGGACGUGCUGCCAGCCGUGGAACGAUGGCUGCGACAUCCCAAACAGAAUCACGGACUGUUCGUUCAGGUCAUCAGUAAAAGUAAGCGGAAGCCCCGGAUUGCGCCGGUGCAUCACCAUGUUCGGUUGAGGCGAAGCGUUGACGAAAGUCACGAAAAGUGGUCCCAGAAGCAACCGCUACUCUUCACCUAUACCGACGAUGGUCGACACAAGCAGCGACCGAUUCGGGAUGCGCUGAGUAAUGCCAACCGAGCCCGGCGGACGCCCAUGCGAAAUCGUCGGAGAAAGAAUGGCACGGAAACGUGCCAGCGGAGACCACUGUACGUUGACUUCAGCGACGUUGGGUGGAGUGAUUGGAUUGUGGCUCCGCCGGGAUAUGAGGCGUACUACUGUCACGGCGAGUGUCAGUUUCCGAUCGCUGACCAUCUGAACACGACGAAUCAUGCGAUCGUGCAGACGCUAGUGAACUCGAUCAGCCCCAGCCUGGCACCCAAGGCUUGCUGUGUCCCGACGCAGCUCUCCUCCAUCUCGAUGCUCUACCUAAACGAGCAGAACAAGGUCGUCCUCAAGAACUACCAGGACAUGACCGUCGUCGGAUGCGGAUGCCGUUAAACCUGCAGGUGCACACCGGAGACAGUUUGUAAAUUGCACGUAAUUGUAUCAUAGCUGCUGAGGGGUAUCAUCUUAAAGAAGAUACCGAUGAAAUGACCGGCCGUAGGUUAUGAAACGUACUAAGUGAAGUUGAUAGCAGGCAUGCAACUUUCUCUUCCAUCGAAUGUCAUGUAAAUUUAUUCCUAUGCGAGUGAAGAUUAGGGAACAGAUCGAACGAACGUGAGAGCGAAAGCGCGUGAAAUUGAGGACGGGAUCCUGAGCGCGGUUUGGGAUACCAUCACGGUGUUAUUUUUAGUUCUACUGUAGGAAACAACCCCAGUGUUGGUGAAAAAUUGUACAAAAAAUUAUUGGUAUUCGAGUACUGCACGAUUGGCCUCUAUUGUUUACUGAUGUUAAAAACCUAAGAACGAAAAAAAAUGCAUAACAUUAUUACCGUAAGCAAAGUGCAGCAAGUCCUGUUUUGUAAAUAUUUUUAAUUUAAAGGCUAGCUAAUAUAUUUAACUACUCCUUAAGGUCACUGUAAAAAAACUACACUGCAAAAGAUUUUAGAAAGCCACUAUAUUGAACGCUUCACUACAAAAGAUUUUAAGCAAUUGUUUUAUAAUGUAAACGAACAAUAUUUGUUGGAGCAUUGUUUUAUUUAUUUUGGUACAGUAAGAUCAUUCGGAUUUACUCGACAGGAUCCAGUUAGGGCAGUCCGUAAUACUUUCGGCGAAUGUGCGUCCGUCUGUGUGUAGUGAGUGAGCAUUUAACGCACAAUAGUAGAAACUGUACAUCUUCAUGCUAUCCAAUGCUGCUGUUUCAAUCUGUAAAUUUGUGUAAUAUAAUAGUACCUGUAAUUGAGGAAACGUAUUUAUUAAAUAAAAGGUCAAAAAUCGAGCGAGGAAUAAAAUUUUGUAAAAUUUGUAAUUCAAA